AAGUCAGUAACAUAGAUUGCCGGGAGGGGGGGGGGAGGGUCAUUCAAACACAUAGGCCUAGUAUACUUUAUCUCGAGAAAUAGUCUCACGGUAACAGUGUCUUCCUGCCUCUAGUUGCGAGUGACCUAUAUAUCCGUGCGACCGCACUUCAAAGUGUUUGUGUGUGUGUCUGUGUGUCCUCCAACGAACUACGUUCGUGCUGUUUAUGGUGCCCUAUCUCUCCUCAGAGCCCUCUAUACCUGUCACGCCUUGCAAGAAAUAAGAAACGUACAGGCCUACUACAAGACGAUUAGACUGUCUGUAUACGACACAUUCGGACAAAUCAGCAUCCAGGUUUAUGGUAACUCGAAGUGACGCAAACACUGUGAAUAUCUUCUUUUCCUUUGGAACUCAGCCACCCCAAAGAAAAGAUUUAAAAAAAGGGGAUUCAAGAAGAAAAAUGUCGAACUCCAGUCCAUGCCUCCAGAAGGCACAGUUGUAGACGGAGAUGCCAAGGACACAAGAAAAGAGGCAACCGGUGAAAAUGAAAAAGAUGUGGAUGGGAGUGAUGUGGAAGUAAACUUGGAAAAUAUGGAGUUGAAACGAGAACUCGGUCUUGUCGGCGGCAUUUCCUUCAUUGUGGGAUGUAUUGUGGUGACCAUCAUGCUGCUCAACUGUUACAGCACCAAACUGUCGGCACAGCUGCAGAUAAUCACCACAGUUGCCAAAGUGGCAGCGCUCUUGGUUAUCGUUGUUGGUGGCCUCAUCAAGUUGGCUGAGGGUAACACCAAAGAGCUAAAUACUGGUUUCACCGGCUCUACUACAGAUCCUUCAACCAUUGCCCUCGCAUUCUAUGAUGCUCUGUGGGCGUAUGAUGGAUGGAACAACUUAAACUACGUUACGGAAGAACUGAAGAAUCCAUCUAAGUAA